AUGUCCAAUGUGAAAAUCUGGUUCCAAAAUCGGCGAAUGAAAUGGAGGAACAGCAAGGAGAGGGAGCUGCUGGCAACGGGCGGCUCUCGGGAGCAAACGUUGCCGAACAAGAACAAUCCGAAUCCGGACCUGAGCGACGCGGACGGGGACAGGCCGAGGAUGGAUCUGAGCGACGUGAGCCCUUUGACGAGCCCGCAGCGGCCGGAGGAACAAACGGAGAACGAGGAGGACGAGGAGAUCAAUGUCACGUGA